GUGGGGGGAGGCAACGGCGACUGACAAAAACAACAAGAAGAACCGUUGGAACCAAGAGGAAGAGCGAGAUGUCUCCAUGAAUACAGGCUAACUUUAUUCUUACCCAGUUAUUAUUAUUAUUAUCAUCCACAACCUACCCGACUGCUGCUUUCUCACAAGGCUUGAUUAGAUGUUGCCGGGCCCAUGAACUUGGCUAGUCAGAGCGGGGAGACCGGCUGUAGCCAGCUCCUCUUCGCCAAUUUUAACCAGGACAACACGUCUUUAGCUGUUGGAACCAAAUCAGGCUAUAAGUUCUUCUCCCUGUCGUCUGUGGACAAAUUGGAGCAGAUUUAUGAAUGUACGGACACAGAGGAUGUGUGUAUCGUAGAGCGUCUGUUCAGCAGCAGUCUGGUGGCGAUCGUCAGUCUGAAGGCUCCUCGGAAGCUGAAGGUCUGUCACUUCAAGAAGGGGACGGAGAUCUGCAACUACAGUUACAGCAACACUAUCCUGGCUGUGAAGCUCAACAGACAGAGGCUGAUAGUAUGUCUGGAAGAGUCUCUGUACGUCCACAACAUCAGAGACAUGAAGGUCCUACACACCAUCAGAGAGACUCCACCCAACCCCUCAGGGCUGUGCGCUCUGUCCAUCAGUAGCGAUAACUGCUACUUGGCUUAUCCCGGCAGCGCUACGAUCGGAGAGGUCCAGGUGUUCGACACGGUCAAUCUGAGAGCAGCCAACAUGAUCCCAGCCCAUGACAGCCCAUUAGCAGCCACGUUGUGUUCGACGCCAGCGGAUCCAAACUGGCCACAGCCUCGGAGAAGGCGUGUGUGUGUGUGUGUGUGUGUGUGUGUGUGUGUGUGUGUGUGUGGUAGGUGUGUGUCUAUCUGUUCCCUGGCCUUCAGCAUGGAGGGCCUCCACCUAUCAGCUUCCAGUAACACGGAGACGGUCCACAUCUUCAAACUGGAGACUCAGAAAGAGAAGCCGGCGGAGGAACCUACUACAUGGGGGGGAUACUUUGGUAAGGUCCUGUUGGCUUCCACCACCUACCUGCCUUCUCAGGUAACAGAGAUGUUCACCCAGGGACGAGCCUUCGCCACCGUCCGACUGCCCUUCUCUGGACACAAGAACAUCUGCGCCUUGGCCAUGAUCCAGAAGAUUCCUCGCCUCCUGGUAGCAGCAGCUGAUGGAUAUCUGUACCUCUAUAACCUGGACCCCCAGGAGGGAGGAGAGUGUUCACUGAUGAAGCAACACAGGUUGGACGGCAGUGCUGAGCCGCCCAAUGAGAUCCUGGAACAGGGGUCACAUGACCGACCCCUUACUGCACAGGCCUACAACACUGCUGGGAUGAAAGGUUACUGUGAGGAGGCGGGUGCAGUGGGAGGGGCGGGACUAGAGGAUGACCUCAGCGAUCUGCGAUUGGACGAUGAGAAUGAGGAGCAGCCGCCACUCAUCCUGGAGACGGACUGACUGACGGCCACAGAAACCAAU